CAGUAGUUUAAUCCACUGGUCUUUUGCAAUGGCCCGUGCGCGAGCAGUGAGAGUGGGGAGCCUUUGAACAAAUUGAAAUAUCAACACCAUUAAUUCUAUGUCGUGGAGACUGGUGCAAUUUUAAUCACAUUUUUAGAUGUCUGUUUUGAAUCAUCUGUGGCCCGGAGGAAUCUUUUUGAGAAGAAACGAGAACUAGAUUCUCCUAUACUCGGAAUGUUUCCCCUCUGAAAUCGUAUGUACCAUUAAGGGCUCGGACGUGCUUUUCUGUUACCUAUUUUUCUGAAGGAGUUAUCCGUAAGUUCACGCUGUUGAUCGAAUGGAAUUAACUACGUGUUUCGGUGAAACUAAACUGGUACUAAAGGUUAUGUAACCUUUUAAUUUAGUACAUAAAUAACAAUCUCGCCUAAAACCAGCCUAAUAAACGCUAAGAGUUAAGGUGGAAUUACUUUGAGUCACAACAUGGCUGCUGCUGCUGCAGGAAUAUUAGGGAAAGUUUAGCUCCCGACUUCGCGUAAGUUAUUUUUAAAUCUCCUAAGAAAGGGAUCUACGAUAAACGUCUCGACUGCUCGCAGUGGACGGAAGAACUCGUUUGAUUGUCUCCACGAAGUGUUUACAAGGAGACCGCUUGCUUUCUAAAGAACAGUCUGGCUGGCAAUCGCUCCCCUGGACCCUCACUGCAGGAUUCUUGUGCCUGUCUGCAGUGAGCUUUUGUUUGAAAGUACUUUUACAUUUGAAUGGUAAAAUGCAUUUUUCCAUUCCCGAGACGGAAGUUCGCUCAGGUGAAAACGGAUCAACAUACGUGGCCUACAACAUCCACGUCAAUGGAGUUCUGCACUGCCGGGUCCGGUACAGCCAGCUGCUGGGCCUGCAUGAACAGAUGAAGAGGGAGUAUGGCAGCAGUGUGGUUCCAGCCUUUCCUCCAAAGAAGAUCUUCACGCUCACUCCGGCUGAGCUGGAGCAGCGCAGGGAACAGCUGGAGAAGUACAUGCAGGCAGUGAGACAGGACCCCCUCCUGGGAGCCAGCGAGUCGUUCAACAGCUUCCUGCGAAAAGCACAGCAGGAGACUCAGCAGAUCCCAACAGAAGAAGCUGAGCUGGAUAUCUGUCUGUCCAACGGUCAAAAAGUCAUCAUCAACAUUCUCACUUCAGAUCAGACCGAGGAUGUCCUAGAGGCUGUGGCCUCUAAGCUGGAUCUGCCCGAUGAGCUUGUGGGAUACUUCAGCCUGUUUCUCAUUCGGGAAGGAGGGGACGGUAGCUGCAGCUUUGUUCGGAAGCUGCAGGAGUUUGAGCUGCCCUAUGUGUCUGUGACCAGCCUGAGGAACCCGGAGUACCACAUCGUUCUGCGUAAGAGCUACUGGGACUCUGCGUACGAUAGUGAUGUCAUGGACAACAGAGUGGGAUUGAAUUUACUGUACGCCCAGACGGUGUCUGACAUUGAACGAGGCUGGAUCCUGGUAAAUAAAGACCAGCAUCGGCAGCUUCAGUCUCUCCAAGAGAAAGGCUCCAAGAAAGAGUUCAUCCGCUUGGCUCAGACCCUGAAGUAUUUUGGCUACAUUAAGUUUGAUCCCAGCAUCACGGACUUCCCAGAGAAGGGAUGUCAUGUGAUCGUCAGCGCCGGAAACAAUGAGCUCAAUUUCCACGUCAGGCUCCCCAACGAGCAAGUGAAGGAGGGCAGCUUCAAGGUCACGCGCAUGAGGUGCUGGCGUGUCACCUCAUCUCAGGUCCCAGUGGCCAAUGGGACGGCCACACCCUGCAGCGGGGGGAAGUGUGAGGUGAAGCUGGAGCUCGCCUUUGAGUACCUGAUGAGCAAGGACCGGCUGCAGUGGGUCACCAUCACCAGCCCACAGGCCAUAAUGAUGAGCAUCUGUCUGCAGUCCAUGGUGGAUGAGCUGAUGGUGAAAAAAUCAGGAGGCAGCAUUAAAAAGAUGCUGAAGAAGCGUCACAAUGGGGCUCUUCAUCGGUCGGAGAGUCAGCAAGCAGUCAAGUCCCCCCCCUUACUGGAUUCCCCUGACACAAACCGGGAGCAGGUGGUCAAACUGUCGACUAAGCUCACCUCCGUCACUCUGCGAGGGAUCAGCACGUCCAACUCCAGUAGUGACAUCAGUGGUAAUAAUUUCCAUGGCAACUAUGCCUUUGAGGGGAUUGGAGAUGAUGACCUGUAAACCCCGCCUUCUUUUUGACUGACAGAUAGGAGGCUCUGAGCGACCUGAUAUAUUCUGCAAGAUCACAGUCCACCUGCACUAGGCCACACAGUUACACAGGGUAAACAAACACACACACAUGUACACACACACACGCAUUCUCAAACACACACAUACCCGCACACACUCUCAUACACGCACACACACACAUAGACAUACACUAACACACUCAC